CAAAUUUCUCAACAAAAUACUUCCUUUUCGAGUAUUUCGGUUUUUGACAGAACCCGCUCGUCGGACGGUGAAGCCAGCGCCAAACUCCCUCCGUUCUGGAAGAAUCAAGUUGUAGUUCGAGUAACAGCUAUAGCAUUAGUUCUUCUGCAUUUGAGAUUAAGAAAUUGAACAUUCUAUGGGUCCUCGGCAAUGUCAGGUCUGCAAUGAAGCACCAUCCAAAUACAAAUGCCCCCUAUGCCUUGUACCUUACUGCUCUCUGGUUUGUUUCAAGAAACACAAAGAAGUGCCAUGUGCCAUCGAGCCUGUGUCUGCAGGGGACCAACCAACUGCUCCUAAUGGAUCACUUGUAGAUAGGCCCAUAUAUGUUAGAGACCAGAAUGAAAUACUUGAAAAGUUGCAGCUAGAGGCUAUUGCUUCUUCCUCAGAAAUACACAGUGAUUUGAAUCAUGAGAGACUCCAGAAGCUCAUCCUUGCUAUCGAUAGUUCACCAGAUCCAGAAACUGAACUUGAUAAAGCUAUGGAAGAUGAAGCAUUUCACAUUUUCAGCACCAAGAUAUCAUCCAUUAUCGGCUCGUAGUCCCGGUGGUCACAGAUGGAGGAAGGAAAAAGUUUGUUCGAGACAUGUAUAUGUAUAAUCAAUGGGGCACAAGUGAUCAGCUCUGCAGAUGCUGAUUUUCAACAAUUAACUACGGGUCUCGGAUUGUAGAUUAGCUUUGGGACGCCAUCCAAGCACUCAGCUGCAAUGUUUGAUGGCGAUAAAUGUGCCAAGUUUUGGGAUGAUAUAUGAUUUACUCGUCUUUUCUUUACAAGUAGCCUUCUCUUUCUUUAAUGAACAAAACAGUAUUCAAAUACUACAUAGGAAUCUGUUCCUUUGAGAAUCAAUGAAUAGCUCAUGUUUAAUGAUGUCGAGACUCAAUGGUGUGUAAUAGGUAAUGUUUUGACUAGAAGGCUUGGGAUUGAAUUAACAAGCAGAAAGUUGAAAGUCAGUUUCUAUCAUGAUGAAACAAAUAGAAUUUCCAAAACGAGAGUUCUUUCA